UCGACACACACACGACUGUAUAAAACCGCCCACUCUCCCCAAAAAAGCAGAGCACUCUCCUCAACCCGCAGCAUUACCUCCCCCCACCACCUUUCCGCGCGCCCCACACCCAGCGACCGCCGUCCGUCGAUGAACGGUUCCGGCAGGACCAGCGCGAAAGGCGGCGGCGAGCUCCGGCCGCCGGAGCAGCAGCGGGACCCGCUGGAGCUCCUGUCCCGCUCCUGGAGCGCGUCCGCCGCCGACGUCUCCCGCGCGCUCGCCGCCUCCGCGCCGGCCGCCAUCGCGGAGGACGUCGCCGGGGAGCUCGACGACUGCGCGAGCGGCGCCGGCACCGCCUCCGGCAGCUCCUUCUCCUUCGCUUCCGCCGCCACCUCGCAGGUCGUCCUCGACCGGAUCAUGUCCCACUCGCAAGAGGUGUCGCCGCUGACCUCCGGCCGCCUCUCCCACAGCAGCGGCCCUCUCAACGGCGGCGGCUCGCUCUCCGACAGCCCGCCCGUCUCGCCGGAUGUCGACGACGCCAGGUUUUUCAGAACAGUGAGCACGCCGAAGCCGCAGCCGCCGCCGCGCGGCGGCAGCAAGACGGUGGGGCGGUGGUUCAAGGACCGGAAGGAGAGGCAGAAGGAAGAGACAAGGGCGCACAACGCGCAGGUCCACGCCGCCGUGUCGGUGGCGGCCGUUGCCGCGGCGGUCGCCGCCGUGGCCGCCGCCACCGCGGGGUCCGGCGGCAGGGACGACCGCGCCGCGCGCACCGACAUGGCGGUGGCGUCCGCGGCCACGCUGGUGGCCGCGCAGUGCGUGGAGGCGGCGGAGUCCAUGGGCGCCGAGCGCGAGCACCUCGCUGCCGCCGUCGGCUCUGCCGUCAACGCCAGGACGCCCGGCGACAUCGUCACCAUCACGGCUGCCGCCGCCACCGCGUUGCGGGGCGCGGCGACGCUAAGGGCGAGGGUGCUGAAGGAGGCGCGGAAUGUGGCGGCGGUGAUCCCGGUGGACAAGGGCUCCAUGGGAAUGGGAGGCCACAAGCACGGCGCUCCGAGGCAGCUGCACAGGGUGGUGCAGGAGCUGGGCAGCAGCAACAGCAGCAGCUUCAGCGACGACCUGCCGGCGCUGGAGCAGGACGAGAGCAACAACUUCCUUGGCAUCUGCUGCCAGGAGCUGGUCGCCCGCGGCACCGAGCUCCUCAAGCGCACCCGCAAAGGAUCGUUGCAUUGGAAAGUCGUCUCCGUGUACAUCCACCGGACGGGCGUGGUGAUGCUGAAGAUGAAGAGCAGGCAUGUCGCCGGGACCAUAACCAAGAAGAAGAAGAGUGUGGUGGUGGACGUGUGCAGGGACGUAGCGGCGUGGCCAGGGCGGCACGUUCUGGAGGGGGGCGAGCACCGGCGCUACUUCGGUCUGCGCACCGCGGAGCACCGGGUGAUCGAGUUCGAGUGCGCGAGCCAGAGGGAGCAUGACAUGUGGACUAGCGGCGUGGCGCGCCUCCUCGCCAUCGUCGACGGGCGGAAGCGCUUCGCUUGACACCGACGAACGGCGUCAUGGACGGUAGCGGCCCAGCCUGUGAUCUGAUGAUUGACCUUAGCGACGUGUUCUUGUAGUUCUUGCUAUUGUUUUCUUUGUCUCUGAUCUCCUGUAAGUUUUCUUUCUUCUCCUCUUGUCUGAACCCGAGAGAGUGUGUGGCAAAUUGGCAAUGGCAGGCGGUACAAGGGCA